UCAGUGUUGAGAGUUCAUGUUGACGGCGAGGAGGUGUAUGUACGCCGUGUAUGUCAUUUCAUAGAUUUUAACCUUAUUUUCCCGUCCAAUCAGAGCAAUCGUCAUUUUUUAACAAUUUACGGCGUUGGAUUCGUUGGCGUUGGUGACUCCGGUUUGAUGUAAAGGGAGAGCUUUUAACUCAACCAGCUGCCACCAUGAGCUCUGUACGAUUGUCCAUGCAGUCUCUCAUGCAGAUGUUCAAUGAACGAAAAGAAGAAUUUUUCCGUGACAUCGAUAACGUCCACAUGGUAUGGCUUGGGGAGAUUCAUCAGGAGGCCAAUCACAUGUUCUCUAGGGAUUUUAAUACUGAGCCAGAGUUAAUGCCCAAAACACCAUCUCAAAAGAAGAAUAGCCGCAGGAAGCGUGUGUCUAUUGGUCGCCAGGAAGAGGGUCAAGCCAGGAGAAGGUUCUCUAAGGGAAGACGGAGUAAUGUUGGAAGUUCCUCUGUCAAGUCACUGAACUUCAUUGCAGAAGAAGCAGCCUCUGUAGCUCAAAGCAGCGCACGACCUCAACGCACUACUCGCAGAAACAAACAAACCAAGGCGGAAGUGGAUGCGGACCAGCCUCCUCCUGGAAGCUGUGACAGCGUAGAGGAGUGUAAUAAAAAACCAGAGCUGGUUGAGGUUGAAGAUGUGGAUGUGGAUACAAACAGUGACGUCAAACCAGACGAACCAUGUGACCGAAGCGCAAUCCCAUCACCCAAUGUUGUUGUCGUCAUCCCUGCAUCGGAGCGUUUGUCUACAGAGCACGAAGAACAGCCCCAGUCUUCUCCUCCUGGCCGUGCAGCUGCUAAAAUCGCCAUUGCGGGCAACACCAGAAGCUCCCGACGGAGCUCUGUGAGGUGUUCCCUCAAGGUGCGUCACUCUCUGGCAGGCUUACGUCACAGUAUGACGCAGGAGUCUCUGCGCCGUUCCUCGCGGCGCUCCAUGAUGAAGAGGAAGGAAGCUCGCUUGGGCAGCUCGUCGUGUAGCAGCAACGUUGAUGGUGAGAAUGGAGAUAUUUCAAAUGAUUCUGUGGAAGAGACUGCAGAAGUAGAAUCCGAACCUGUAAUGGCUGAGCCAGAAGUUACAGUGGCUGACAAUUUGAGGCAUUCUCGUCAGGCGCAUAUGCAGGAUACCCAGAGUGUACAACCAUCUCUGGUACGCAUUACUCGUUCCGUGGCUGCUAACUCCCCCAAACUGGCCCCUCCACCGCUGUUUAUUACCCCUGACAGGAGCGCUCUGGUCAAGAGAACAGUUGUCACUGACAAGCAACAGACUCCACAAACAAGCUUGAGGUUAAGUCAGAGCAUCAAACGCAAAGCACCAGAUACUGUGGAUGAAGGUCCAAAAAGGUCCUCUCCUCCCAAGAAGAGUCAUAGUGUUACAAGACCCAAUAUGAGGUCUUUCCUCCACACUGUGCAGAAGAAUCAGAGGCUGAUGAUGACUCCAAAUUCCUUCAGUCGUAAUACUGUCGUGAAGUCCUUCAUUAAGCACAAUACACCCCUCAAGAUUGAUCCUAAGUUGAGCACGCCUAUAGUGGCUAAAGAGCGUCAAAAGCUGGAGGCACUUAAAAAGAAGCAGGAACAAGAAGAGGAACGGAUGAGGAAAAUGGAGGAGGAGAAGAAAAAGAAACAAGAGGAAUUCAAAAGGAAGAGGGACGAGAGGCUAAGAAAGGUGUUUGAGGCCAAAGUGAAAGAAGAGCUGAGGGAAGAAGAAAAGAAAAAGAAGGUUGAACAAAAAAUGGCCAAUAUUGAUGAGAAAAAUGAUAAGCGUCAGGCUGAAGAAAAGGCCAAAAAGAAAAUUGCCACUAAACGUCUGGAGGAGCUUGAGCAGAAACGCAAGCUGGAAGAAGAAACUAGGAGAAAGAAGAUUCAGCAAGCAGAGGAGGAAAAGCGUCAGCAAGAGUUGCUGGCUAAGAAGGCCAAGGAGGAAGAAUUGAAAGCUCGGAAACUGGCGGAAGCCCGCAGAGCAUGGGAGCAGGAACGUGAGAGAGAGCUGGAGAGAGAACGACAAGCUGCUGCUGAAAGGGAGCGAGCUGAAAGAGAGAAGGCUCUCGCUCUGCAACUAGAACUGAAGAGAGCAGCUCGAGAGAAGGAGAUGAGAGAAGCGGAGGAGAAAAGAAAAGCACUUGAGGAAAAAAGAAUACAGGAGGAACAGAAAAGGUUAGCUGCAGAAGAGAAAGCUGCUGAAGAACGAGAAGCUGCUGCUGCUGCUGCUGCUGCUCAACAGGCUGCCAAUGCAAAGACUGCUGCUGCCCUGAAUAUGACCAUGGAUAUUGAGAAUUCUGUAAGGACCACACCUACAGGAAAAGGGGUUAACCUUAACGUUACUGUGGAUAUUGAGAAGUCACCACAGUCGUACUCCAUCACUCCAAAGGGUGGGAAAACGAUGCCAUUGUCUAAAAACCCAGAAGACUAUGGGAUGGACCAAAACAGUGAUGAUUCCACUGAUGAUGAGUCUGCUCCAAGAAAGCCUAUUCCCUCUUGGGCAGAAGGUCACAAUCUACAGCAGAUAAUUAUGAAACAGUACUACAGUCCUCCUGACUUGGACUCUUUCUUUGGAACAAUUGAGGCACCAAAGCUGGAGAACAUCUUUUACAAGAGCAAACCUCGCUACUUUAAACGCACCAGCUCUGCUGUGUGGCACUCACCUCCUAUUGGAAAAAAGUAACGGGUGCACUGAUGUAGUGAUGCCGUGCUGUACAAAUUGUUUGUUUUAAAUUGUCUUUCCAAUAAAAAUGUUUUGUGAGCUGUU